AUGUUCACCAGAACGGCCACUUUUGGCCUUAAAGGCCGCGCUUUGCGUUUGGCCGUCACCCUUACCGCCGUUAUUGGUUUCUCCCUUUUCGGUUAUAACCAAGGUAUGAUGGCCGGUAUCAUUACCGGAACUGAAUUCAACUACGAGUUCCCAGCCACCGACAUGAGUAAAGGUGAAAAGCAUCAUGUCACUGUUAUCCAAGGUGCCGUGACUUCUUGUUAUGAGCUUGGUUGUUUCUUCGGUGCUUUGUUCGCUCUUUUCAGGGGUGAGCAUGUUGGUAGAAAGCCACUUAUUGUCACUGGAUCUAUUAUCAUUAUCAUCGGUGUUCUUAUUUCCGUCACUACCUUCAAGGAACAUUGGGGUCUUGGUCAAUUCGUUAUCGGCAGAGUCAUCACCGGUAUUGGUAACGGUUUGAACACCGCAACCAUUCCCAUUUGGCAAUCAGAGAUGUCUAGAGCCGAGAACAGAGGUCGUUUGGUCACCUUUGAGGGUUCCGUUGUUGCUGUGGGUACCUUGAUUGCCUACUGGUUGGACUUUGGACUCUCGUACGUCAACUCCUCCAUCCAAUGGAGAUUCCCUGUCGCAUUCCAAAUCUUCUUCGCCCUCAUCUUGCUUACCGGUAUCACCAACUUGCCAGAGUCGCCUAGAUGGUUGGUUUCCAAGAACCGUAAGGAGGAGGCCAUGCAGGUUUUGUCCAAGCUUAAUGAUGUUGCCAUUGACUCCGAUGAGGUUUACGCUGAGAUCACUGUUGUGCAAGAUGCCGUGCAGCGUUUCUCCAAGUCCCAAGUCGGCUUCAAGGACUUGUUUUCCGGCGGUAGAACCCAGCACUUUCAAAGAAUGGCCAUUGGUGCUUCUACUCAAUUCUUCCAACAAUUCACUGGUUGUAACGCUGCCAUUUACUACUCCACUGUGUUGUUCGAGACCACUAUUUUCCACGGUCAAAGAAGAUUGUCUUUGAUUCUCGGAGGUGUCUUUGCCACCGUCUACGCCCUUUCCACCAUUCCAGCCUUCUUCUUGAUCGACUCGUUUGGUAGAAGAAACUUGUUCUUGGUCGGUGCCUUGGGUCAAGGUAUCUCUUUCACAAUUUCAUUCGCUUGUUUGAUUAACCCAACCACUGAGAACGCCAAGGGUGCUGCCGUUGGUAUCUUCCUCUUCAUUGCCUUCUUCGGUUUCACCAUCUUGCCAUUGCCAUGGAUCUACCCACCUGAGAUCAACCCAAUGAGAACCAGAACCGUUGCCACUGCUGUUUCUACUUGUACCAACUGGAUCACCAACUUCGGUGUCGUCAUGUUCACUCCAAUCUUCAUGGACACUUCCGCUUGGGGUGCUUACUUGUUCUUCGCAGCGAUGAACUACUUGUUCGUUCCUCUAAUUUUCUUCUUCUACCCUGAGACUGCCGGUAGAAGUUUGGAAGAGAUCGAUAUUAUUUUCGCCAAGGCACAUGCCGACGGCCGCCAACCCUGGAGAGUCGCCGCUACCUUGCCCAAGCUUUCCUACAAGGAGAUCGAGGAACAAGGUACCCAAUUGGGUCUCUACGACGGCGAUUUCGAGAAGGAGGGAUUCGAUGUCAAGGAGGAUAUCAGUUCCAGUGGUUCUGACAACGGCACUCCUGCUGAGGAUUUGCCAACCAACGGAGUUUUGGUUCCUGAGAACAGAGUUUAA